UUUUGACUUUUCUUUUCCGAAAAAUAUCCCAUUCUGAAAUGCUAUCCAAUGAAGUGCGAUCAAAAGCAUAAAUUUAUGCGAAUUUCUUUCAUCUUUUUACUAGUUUUGCUAUUUGCGUGCGGCUCUUCAGCAGACCACAGCAUCGAGGAGGAAACCGUGAUAGAAGAUUUUUUGAUAUGCCGCACCUGUGGAAAUGAUGUCAGCGUAGCGAACCUAGCCUUUGACAAAUAUAGCCCGCUGGCACUAAGCGCGACGAACCACACAUUUACCGAGACCCGGUCCGUGCUGGUGCAGGAAGUGCGGAAUCCACUCGGCAUACGGUUUCACAUCUUUCUCGUCAAGCAAGCGUCCUGCGCAAAGAUCCAUCCGUGGACACACAAAUCGACCUGGUUCCCUGGGUACGCUUGGAAGGUUUGUGUAUGCCCCAAGUGCCACACUCUGCUUGGGUGGAUGUUCGAACCUGUCGAGACUGCGACCGCAGAGCAAAGUUUCCCAUCGAACGCCGGUUUCUACGCUCUCAUCUUUCAAAACAUUAUCACCGAAGGAUACGUAAACUCAUUGCUUAUGAUAGAGAAGGUGCUGCGGGACAACCACUGACACACACGCACGGUUGCUUUCGAAAAAUCCGCGGGAUACACGAUGGUUGACCCGAAGCGGCACAUCAACAUCCUUUCUCCGGAAGAGCAAGCGUUUAUGGAGGAGUGCGAAAAUGAGUUUACGCACCGCUUUACGGAUCUGGACGAAGAGUUUAUGGCUCACUGUCAGCGCGAAUCGAAACCGCCGCCCGUAGUGCACCCGUGGAACAGCCGGCGUGGUGGUGGCCAUCAUGGGGGAGGAGGCGGAGGUGCAAGAGGAGGCGGUAAUGUUGAAUGGCGAGGGGAAAGGCGGUUUAACGAUUGGGAUGGAAGAGGCGGAGGGCGGGGAGGACCUUUUAAUAACCGUGAUGGACGCAAUCGGCAGAAUGACAGAAACUACCGUCACCAUGAUUAUCGAUCGGGUGGCGGUGGUGGUGGUGGUGGUCGCGAUGAUGGCUACCGAAACCAUCGGAACCACAGUGCGUCGCGCCAGGAUUAUAGAAAACCGUACGCCCGGCCCGGCGAUCGGGCGUACAAUCAGGAGGCGAAACGUUGACGAGAGCCCGAUGAGGAAAUCUUUGAUUGGAAGAAGAUUCCCUGCAGCAAAUUCGAACGGUUCUCAAGCCAUCUCAGCAAUUCGGCAUCUUUUUUCCCCCCUUCACACUUGUAACAAACACUUGUCGAGUGUUAAAACGAUAAGCAGAUUCUUUACGAAUUGUAAAUAAAUAUCUGUAAAUAAAGACUGAAUCGAACAAAUG